AUGAGAGAUACACCAUCGCUUAUGAGUAGUGCUGAAUCUAGUAUUGAUAAUUCGCUCGAGAAUAGAACAAAAAAAUAUGUCAAAGGACUAACACGAUCAAAAACUGAUAUAAAAAGACGAGAUUUAUCAAUUAAUCCAAAAGCACAUCGUUUUGAUAAAGCUUAUCAUUAUGUACCACCAGCGUCGAGCAGAGAAUCAUGGUGGAGAUCAACAAUAAAGGAAUCUCCAAAUCCUGGCAGCUAUGAUACUCAUUUGAAUACGUUUAUUAAAGACAUUGUACAACGUCCAAACACCUAUGGCUUCAAAAGUGAUGGUAGAAAACGAGAUCCUCGUCCACUGGAUCCCAAAGGCCAAUAUUUGAUGCCAGGAGCAUAUCGAUUCGAAGAUUUUUCAGAACAGUUACGUCGUCUGAAAUAUUCAACGUAUGGUUUUAAAGGUCCUGAAAGAAGAGAUGUAAUGAAAAAGUCAAUGAUAACAGUUCAAGAUAAGGAUAUCGAUGUUGCUCCCGGAUUGUAUGAAACACAAAACUAUUUGAGUUUAAAUGCACCGAUGGAAGCUGCAAAACAUAGUUUUUUCAAAUCAAAAACGAGAAGAAAGCUCUUCUUACCUAAACUUGGACCAGCACCUGGUGAUUAUGAGCCAAAACUUGAAGAAACCAGUCCACCGAUAUCAUCGUCAUUUAAAUCGAAUACUGAUCGAUUCUUUCAGAAACCAACGUUAUCUCCUGGUCCGGGUGCUUAUGAAACCUUAAGAUUAUUUCCAACGCCAAAGCAAAUCGAUAGUUUCUCAGCACGUGGCGUCUUUUUUAAUGCUAAUUUUCAACGACAAGCAGCAGCUGUUUGA